AUUUAGAAGUCAACCACUUCAUCUUAUUUUCCAAUUCGUCGGUUAAAACUGUUUGCACUUAAAGUUGCUCUAAAAUUAGAACUGCGAAGCCUCCAUAAGGUCCAUAACCGAGCACACUCCUUUCUGUGACCUAGGGUUUUUGUUUCUAAUCAAAAUGGAUGGUGAAGAAGAGUUUGACCACGACCACUGCCACGACCCGCAGGAGGAGAAUGAUGACGACGACGAUAUCACGCAGGAGGAUGCGUGGGCUGUUAUUUCAGCUUAUUUCGAAGAGAAGGGUUUGGUUCGCCAACAACUCGAUUCUUUCGAUGAAUUUAUCCAGAACACUAUGCAAGAAAUUGUUGACGAGUCCGCGGACAUCGAGAUUCGCCCUGAAUCACAACAUAACCCUGGCCACCAGUCUGAUUUUGCGGAGACCAUCUAUAAGAUCAGCUUUGGUCAGAUAUAUUUGAGUAAGCCUAUGAUGACUGAAUCCGAUGGAGAAACUGCUACUUUGUUUCCCAAAGCUGCGAGACUGAGGAAUCUGACGUACUCUGCCCCGUUGUAUGUGGAUGUCACUAAGAGAGUUAUAAAGAAAGGGCAUGAUGGUGAAGAAGUCACUGAAACUCAAGAUUUUACCAAAGUUUUCAUUGGGAAGGUUCCUAUAAUGCUUCGGUCAAGUUAUUGCACACUAUAUCAAAACUCAGAGAAGGAUUUGACAGAGCUUGGGGAGUGUCCUUAUGAUCAAGGUGGAUAUUUUAUUAUCAACGGUAGUGAAAAGGUUCUAAUUGCGCAAGAGAAGAUGAGCACUAAUCAUGUGUAUGUGUUCAAAAAGAGGCAGCCUAACAAAUAUGCCUAUGUGGCUGAAGUUCGGUCUAUGGCAGAGUCACAAAAUAGACCACCCAGCACCAUGUUUGUGCGGAUGCUUUCUAGGACAAGUGCCAAAGGGGGCUCUUCUGGGCAGUAUAUUCGGGCUACACUUCCAUACAUUCGAACUGAAAUUCCUAUUAUUAUUGUAUUCCGGGCUUUGGGGUAUGUUGCUGACAAAGAUAUCUUAGAGCACAUAUGCUAUGACUUCGAGGAUACUCAAAUGAUGGAGUUGCUCCGGCCUUCCCUAGAGGAAGCAUUUGUCAUUCAAAACCAACAGGUUGCGCUAGACUACAUAGGAAAAAGAGGAGCGACUGUCGGUGUAACUAGGGAAAAGAGGAUUAAGUAUGCCAAAGAGAUCCUUCAAAAAGAAAUGCUUCCUCAUGUUGGUACAGGAGAUUAUUGUGAAACAAAGAAAGCUUAUUAUUUUGGAUAUAUUAUUAAUCGGCUUCUACUUUGUGCACUUGGCCGGAGGGCUGAAGACGAUAGGGAUCAUUAUGGCAACAAAAGGCUGGACCUUGCUGGUCCUUUACUUGGAGGCCUUUUCAGAAUGCUGUUCAGAAAGUUAACCAGAGAUGUCAGAGGCUAUGUCCAGAAGUGUGUUGAUAAUGGAAAGGAUGUUAACCUGCAAUUUGCUAUCAAAGCAAAAACCAUUACCAGUGGUCUGAAAUACUCGCUUGCGACUGGCAACUGGGGUCAAGCAAAUGCAGCCGGUACGAGGGCUGGAGUGUCACAGGUGUUAAAUCGUCUAACAUAUGCAUCUACAUUGUCACAUUUGCGAAGAUUAAAUUCUCCAAUAGGGCGUGAAGGAAAAUUGGCCAAACCCAGGCAGUUGCACAAUUCACAGUGGGGAAUGAUGUGUCCUGCUGAAACACCUGAAGGACAAGCUUGUGGACUGGUUAAGAAUCUUGCGUUAAUGGUUUACAUAACUGUUGGAUCAGCUGCAUAUCCUAUUUUGGAAUUUUUAGAAGAAUGGGGAACUGAAAAUUUCGAGGAAAUUUCUCCAGCGGUAAUUCCUCAAGCUACAAAAAUCUUCGUAAAUGGUUGUUGGGUUGGUAUCCACCGUGAUCCAGAUAUGUUAGUGAAAACAUUGAGAAGAUUAAGGAGACGGGUUGAUGUCAAUACUGAAGUUGGGGUUGUUAGAGAUAUUCGUUUGAAAGAGUUGCGUAUAUAUACUGACUAUGGACGUUGCAGUCGUCCACUAUUCAUUGUGGAAAAACAAAGGCUUCUCAUAAAGAAGAGAGACAUUCAUGCACUACAGCAGAGGGAAUCCCCAGAAGAUGGUGGUUGGCAUGAUCUUGUAGCAAAGGGAUUCAUAGAAUAUAUUGACACAGAAGAAGAAGAAACAACCAUGAUUUCUAUGACUAUUAAUGAUCUUGUACAAGCAAGACUUCAUCCUGAAGAGGCCUAUUCUGAUACGUACACACAUUGCGAGAUCCAUCCAUCCUUGAUUUUGGGUGUUUGUGCUUCAAUUAUACCAUUUCCUGAUCAUAAUCAGUCCCCCCGUAAUACAUAUCAGUCUGCCAUGGGUAAGCAGGCCAUGGGAAUCUAUGUCACAAACUACCAAUUUCGUAUGGAUACUUUGGCCUAUGUUCUCUAUUAUCCUCAAAAACCACUCGUUACUACACGAGCUAUGGAACACCUCCACUUUAGGCAGCUUCCUGCAGGCAUUAAUGCUAUUGUUGCAAUCGCUUGUUAUUCUGGGUACAACCAAGAAGAUUCUGUUAUUAUGAAUCAAUCAUCAGUUGAUCGUGGGUUCUUUCGAUCACUUUUCUUCCGUUCAUAUAGAGAUGAGGAGAAAAAGAUGGGUACUCUUGUAAAAGAAGAUUUUGGCCGCCCAGAUAGAUCUAAUACCAUGGGUAUGCGACAUGGUUCUUAUGAUAAAUUGGAUGAUGAUGGUCUUGCACCUCCUGGAACAAGAGUCUCUGGUGAGGAUGUGAUCAUUGGAAAAACUACACCUAUUGCUCAGGAUGAAGCUCAGGGUCAGGCGUCACGUUAUACAAGACGUGAUCAUAGCAUAAGCUUACGUCACAGUGAAACAGGGAUAGUGGAUCAAGUUUUAUUGACAACAAAUGCAGAUGGGUUGAGGUUUGUGAAAGUAAGGGUUAGAUCUGUUCGAAUACCCCAGAUUGGAGAUAAAUUUAGCAGUCGGCAUGGUCAGAAGGGAACAGUGGGCAUGACUUAUACACAGGAAGACAUGCCGUGGACAGUGGAAGGCAUCACCCCUGAUAUCAUUGUGAAUCCGCAUGCUAUUCCUUCUCGAAUGACUAUUGGUCAGCUUAUUGAGUGUAUCAUGGGGAAGGUUGCGGCUCACAUGGGAAAGGAAGGUGAUGCCACACCUUUUACAGAUGUCACCGUGGACAAUAUCAGUAAAGCUCUUCACAAAUGUGGGUAUCAAAUGCGUGGGUUUGAGACAAUGUACAACGGUCACACAGGCAGGCGACUCAGUGCUAUGAUAUUCCUGGGGCCAACUUAUUACCAAAGAUUGAAGCACAUGGUUGACGAUAAGAUACAUUCUCGUGGGCGGGGACCCGUACAGAUUCUCACAAGGCAGCCUGCUGAGGGACGGUCUCGUGAUGGUGGCCUUAGGUUUGGUGAAAUGGAACGAGAUUGUAUGAUUGCUCAUGGUGCUGCUCACUUUCUCAAGGAGAGGUUGUUUGACCAAAGCGAUGCAUAUAGGGUUCAUGUGUGUGAGAGAUGUGGGUUAAUAGCAAUCGCGAAUCUGAAGAAGAAUUCUUUUGAGUGCAGAGGUUGCAAGAACAAAACUGACAUUGUUCAGGUUCACAUUCCUUACGCAUGUAAGUUGCUCUUCCAAGAGCUUAUGGCCAUGGCCAUUGCACCAAGAAUGCUGACGAAGGAGCCAAAGACUUCCAAAGACCUGAAGAAGAAAGGUGCUUGACAGGAAGAUCCACGAUUUGGAAUUCAUGGAGGCUAAUUUAUUGGGUAGAACCUUACCCCAAACAUGAUAUCAUCUGUGUUCCAAAGUAAGCCUGUCAAUCUUACAAUGGAGAUUAUAUGCAUCCUUUUGUAAUAUUUAUAUCACUGAUAGUUUUAAGAUUAUGUGAAUUUCUUGUUAAUUAUUAAAUAUUUAGUUAAUUCUUUAAA